AUGGCUCCCAAUCAUAUGCAACUUCAAAAUCUUUCCCAAAAGGGAAGUGAAUCCUUCAAGGAGUAUACCCAAAGGUGGAAAAAACUGGCUUCCCGCGUACAACCUCCACUUUUGGAGAACGAGUUGGUUGACAUGUUCAUGGGCACCCUGCAAGGCCCUUAUUACAAAAAGAUGACUGAUUCAAUAUCUACCAGAUUUGCUGACUUGGUAAUAAUUGGGGAAAGAAUUGAGAAUGGCUUGAAAAACAGUAAGAUCGGAAAACCAUCCUCGAAUCAAAAGAGUAACAAAAGGUACUCCAACAGUAACAACUCAAAGAAAGGUGAGACCAACGCUGUCACAAUCGAAGGGAGUUCUCAGGUGGCUUACAAUUCUUACGUAGUUGCAGUGGGCCCUAAUCAAUAUCCACAACAAGCAUAUUCUAUGCCUCAAGCACAACAGGCUAGAGCACUGUCUCAACAAAAUCAAGAAAAUGGGUAUGCCCAGAGGGAUCAACAAAGGCCAGGGAAGGAGUUCGACCCCAUACCGACAACAUAUACUCAGGUCUUUCCAUACUUAAUUCAAAAGGGAUUGGUAGAGAUUAAACCUCUGGCACCUCUACCAAAUCCUCUUCCCCGUGGGUACGAUGCUAACGCCAGGUGUGACUUCCACGCCAGGUCACCAGGACAUACUACUGAAAAGAUUUUGACACUUAAGUUCAAGGUACAAGACUUAUUGGAUCGCAAGAUUAUCUCUUUCGCUCUAAAGGGUCCAAAUGUGAAGGGAAAUCCAAUUCCAGGACAUGAUGGUCCAACUAUCAAUGCGGUAGAAGGACUAGACAACACCGUUAUGCCCCAAAUGGUAGAUCAGGUGAAAACUCUCAUGUCAAGGAUACGUGAAAAAUUGUUUGGUUACAAGGAAUUCAAAGAGGUACAUGCUAACUGUAAACUUUGCCUCGUCAGUCCAGACACAUGCGGGAAGAUGAAUGAGUGUCUUCAAUAA